CCGGGCUCUAAGGAACGUGGCUUCAUGGCUGCCUAUUCGCCAUCACUGGCAACCUGUGGAAUCGACCAGAUGACCUUCCUACGCUUCAUCGAGGAGUGCAACGAAGCUCUCCUCGGCAACAAAUGGAUAGCGGGUGUCCAGGUGGUCGCGCUGGGGGUUUCCCUGACGCCGGAGCUGAUUGUCACGGGUGUCUCGAUGGCAGUUCAGGCUGCAGCAGCGACGGCCAACAAGGCACAAGUUAGAUACAAAACCAACCAGGUCCUAGACCGAUAUAACGAGGAUCUCUUCGGCCCACGAGGUCUCUACUGCAUGGUUGUAGGCUACAACCCCGAUCCAAGCCCACAAGAUCCGUCCCCAGGCUCGAGCCCACUUCAGCAGCUGAGCUCGAACAUACACAGGCGGCUCCGGGAUCCGGUAUCGAGUACUGUGCGCGGAACCGAGGGCCUCCCUGCGGCCGUGGCGCCGCUGAUCUACUUUGACGACCGCCGACAGCUCGACGUGCUGAUGGGCCGGCGUGAGCCUGUCGACUCGUCAUCUAUAGAGGCGCCCAAGAAGCCGUCUACCGCAGAGAAGGCCAAGAACGCGUUUGCCGCUUACAACGACUAUCUUGACCGGAGGGCGCGUGCUAAAUACACUGCAGAAAACCAAGGCGAUAUCCUAAACGUGCCCGUCACCCGCGGCUUCAAAAACCGCUACCUAGACCCUAACCACCCGGCCACGAACAACGGUCUGAUCGGGCUCCUCUCCGGUGGGUACCUGGCGAGACGCAAACAACAACACACUAGCAGACAGGGUGACGAUCAAGAGUCCCGUCUGGUAGACGAGUACCAGGCACGGCUUCGCGAUAUCGCGCGCCAGAACAGACGACCGACGGAGAUUGACCGCCAGCUCCGGCAGUGCCAUGAAGAGUAUUCGCGCCGGAUACAGGAUCUGCAGAGAACAAAGAGGGAGGAGGAUAACACUGGAAAAGAUCGACGUAUAAGAAAGGAUAUUCUUUAUCUUGCUAUUGUCAAUAAGCCAUCUCCUGCUCAACUGGCGGCUGUAAGUACACAGUUAUCAGGGUCUAGGAUCAACAUGGCAGAUAUAUAGGAUUAUUCUGAAGCAUAUAUAUAGUAGACAGGAUUAUUAAUUAAUGACAGAG